AAAACCUUUGUUCAAAGCAGCUUAAUAAACGGCAACCUCUCAAUCUUCAAAGCAGCAUACCGUUUGGACGGUGUUCCUAACGGUGGCUUUAACUCUACAAAAUAAAACACUGUAUUCAAGCCCAGCCAAAUCAUAUUUGAGCCUAAAACAGGUUGGAUGGGCCUGCCUCACUCUACACAACCUCGGCCUAUAUGGAUUUUGGACUGUACGUAUUGGAUAGGAGGGCCAACAUGUAAAUAAAACGAAUCUUGGCAUCCGGACCUUGACAACUAACCUCCUCCUUAAGACCUUUAUCAAUUGACAAUUAUCAUCGAUCGGUCUUCGCAGACUCUCACCGACUCCUCGAGAUUCACUCUCUCGGCAAACCUUCUUGAAGGUGGAGGUGGAAAGCCUUUCUCACAACUUUUGUUGUUGCUUUCUUUCCAUUGAUUUCUGUUUUCCUCUAUCUCAACCCUCCAUGCGGCUAGCCUGGUCCAGUGGUCCUCCCUCUUCUUUCCCCUUGUUCUUGCCGUUAUGCAAUCUGGUGCAUGCUCCCCCUUGGCCCCUAGCCUCUAGGCCUAGGGGAGGACAUUUCCGGUCAAUUGUUUGUGGUGUAGGCUUGGAUAGCUCGGCUGCAUGUGGAACUGGUGGCUGGGGCUGCAAGCGUCGGAUCUGAUGCGGCGCCGGUGGCUUCUCUUCAAACAGGUUAGAAUCUUGGACUGUACAGUGGGUAUAUAAAUCUAAAUGGGCUGCCUGCUUAUGACUUGGGUUUGGCUAAGCCCACGGAUAGGCCUCUUAGCCGAACAUCUGAGGCAGGCGGGACCGACUUUGACUUUGCUGACGUCAUCCCAAUGAUUAUUCAACUACACUACGUCACGCUGUUGAAACUUGUAAUUUCUUCCUUUUUGGCUGACACGGAGUGGGGCCACUCAGGGAGAUUUUCUCCCCACUAAAACAUGCACUUUAAAGGGAAAGGCAAAAAGGAAACUGCAAAAUCCAUUGCUGACACCAAUCCUCAGAAACGAACGGCAGUGUGAUUGUCAAUCUCAGAGCAGAGAGAGAGAGAGAGAGAGAGGGGGCAGUUGGGGGAGGGAGGAGCGAUCGACAAAGUCCCUUGCUGCCGACCUUCAGAGCUUGUUUUCUAUUGCUGUUCGAGGAAGACCUCCUCAGAAAAGAACACCGAAUCAGCAAUCAGAUCCAUGGCCAAGUCAUUUUCAAGAAACGUUAAGCUUGAAAAUGUGUAUGAUAGACCAAUGAAAGUGGAAGUGAGACGGGAUCCUGGUAAUUUUCUAAUGUUUGAAUUUGUAAUUCCAUCUGGUGGCCACAAGUAUAUGUGCUAUGAGGAUCUUCACAUUGAAUGUAAUCGAGGCCGUCCUGUAGAUGUACUUGUUUACCUUGAAGGUUCCAGGGAAAUGGGUGAAACCCAUAUACUGCCCGCUGAUAUAAGGGCAAAUGAGAAACUCGAGUUGAACUACUUGAAUCAUGCUAUCACCAUCACCCCUACUAGGGGACAUUUCAUCUCGAGGCUUGGGUUUAUUAUCCGAUUGAAACGAGUAGCUCAGUGUUAUGGCCGGGGCAGUAGCCGUUUACUAGAAGGAGUGGGAAACAAUGCUGCGAAGGAGGAAGACUUGAAGGGCAAAGUUGACCUUGAAGAACCAUAAAGAAGACUUGGGAUUCUUAUUAGAUAAGAGAUGUUUAAAUAUCUCCGUAGGACUAGGAUUCUUUGCUCAUAAAGCAAGAUGCCCAAUAGGAUUAAUAAAGGAUUGGGGACGCCAAAAUCUUAAAUCAUCACUUCUCCCAUGGUUUUCCGUAGAUUCUCCAUGCUGCAUGAUUUUAUAUAUUUGCUUUGCAUUUCCUAAUUGUCUUGCUAUAAGCUAAAACAAUGUUCUAAAUUCAGAUUGGAUUUGGUUUAUGGGGAUUGGAUUUGGAUUUGGAUUUGGAUUGGAUUUGAUUUCCUAAUUCAGAUUACAGUGUUGCUCCU